AUGAUCCAGAAACGCAUUUAUUUUGGCCGGUUCAUUUCCACCCCGAAGCCUGAUGAGCUGCUGAUACGCACGGGCGCCGUGCUGGUGGACAGGAAAGACGGCAGAGGCGUGAUUGAAAAAGCGGAUUGGACUGUGAACGGGCCAAACGACGCGAUUAGCAAGUUCGGCGUCGAGGCGCCCGUGGUCACUGCUGGGGAUGAUGGAUUCUUCUUUCCUGGUUUUAUUGAUACCCAUAUACACGCUUCGCAAUAUCCCAAUAUCGGCAUAUUCGGAAAGUCGACUCUCCUAGAUUGGUUGACCACAUACACGUUCCCACUGGAAUCGUCGCUCGGCACCGACAAAUCUCCCAUGUACAAAGAUUCCAUUGAGCCACCCGAUCCUCUCGCUCGCGCCAAAGCUGUCUACAACCGGGUGGUCUCCAAGACUCUCUCUCUCGGGACGACAACCGCGUCAUACUAUGCCACUAUUCACGUUGAGGCGACGAAUCUUCUUGCCGACAUUACGUUCAAGAAGGGUCAAAGGGCGUUUAUUGGACGAGUAUGCAUGGAUCGACCCGAAGCCUGUCCAGACUACUACAGAGACGAAAGCACCGAGCAGACGAUAGCAAACACGAAAGCCAGCAUCGAAUAUUGCAGAUCCCUGGACCCCUCAGGAGAGCUCGUGGCUCACAUCAUCACUCCGAGGUUUGCCCCCAGCUGUCUGCCCGAAACACUAUCCCAACUAGGCACAUUAGCCAAGGAAGAAGAUCUCAGAGUGCAGACGCACAUCUCAGAGAACCUGAACGAAGUGAAAUGGGUCCAGGAGUUGUUUCCCGACCAGUCGAGUUAUGCAGGGGUCUAUGACCAUCAUGGCUUGCUGACACCACGAACGAUCCUGGCGCACGCAGUACACCUCAGCCAGGAAGAGAUGCAACUGGUCAGGCAGAGGAAAACCAAAGUCAGUCACUGUCCCGCGAGCAAUAGUGCACUGGGGAGUGGAUUGUGCCCGGUGCGGGCGUUGCUGGAUCAAGGGAUCGAAGUGGGCUUGGGCACAGAUAUCAGCGGCGGGUAUAGCCCCAGCAUACUUGAUGCGGUGCGGAACGCUUGCAUUGUGAGCCGACACGUUGGGUUCUUGAAUGGUGGUGACAGCAAGUACAACCUCAGCGUUGCAGAAGGACUGUGGUUGGCGACAAUGGGUGGCGCCAAAGUAGUAGGGAUGGAAGGGAGGCUGGGUGGCUUCGACGAGGGCAUGCUCUGGGACGUCCAGGAGAUCGUGAUGGGGGAUGUUGAUGCUAGUGGAGGAGGGGUCGACACAGGGGUGGACAUCUUUGGCUGGGAAUCCUGGGAGGAUCGAGUUGCCAAAUGGGUGUGGAAUGGCGACGAGAGGAAUGUCAAACGAGUCUGGGUGGGAGGGAGGCUGGUACACGAGAGGGGAUGA